GUUCUGCCUCCAGAAUGGAUGCUCACGUGGGUCCUUUGAUGCCGACGCAGCUCACCCGGGUAACUGCUGUGUCUGCUCCGGCGGUGACGUUCCUGGCAGCCAAUCUGAUGGACCAGACCUUAUCAGACCACGGCAAAGAAUCGAGCAGAUCCUCCUGCCCACCGACCUUGAUUUUACACACGGAGAGGAAGAGCACGCCUGGGGAGAGCGGCGGCGAUAAGGAUCACUCCUUUAAACUGGUGACUGAGGAUGACAGCGCAUCAAACGGCAACAAGCCCGUGGCCUCCACCCCCGUGCCAGGAUCACCCUGGUGUGUAGUCUGGACUGGAGAUGACCGGGUCUUCUUCUUCAACCCUACAAUGCAGCUGUCGGUCUGGGAGAAGCCAGUGGACCUGAGGCACCGUGGCGACAUCAACCGGAUCAUCGAGGAUCCUCCCCACAAGCGCAAGCUGGAAGCUGCAGCAACAGAUAAAUGUGUUAGUUCUUGUCCAGGGGAUGAAAAUGACGAUCUUAGCAUCAAAACUAAGAGAAAUAAAACAGAAGAUUCCCAAGCUGCUGACGCAGGGAAGGCUGAAACGGAGGAGAAAAGUGAGGAAACACCAGCUCCUCAGAUCACGCCUCCCCUAGAAGAGCGCAUCACUCAUUUCCGAGACAUGCUGCUGGAGAGAGGGGUUUCAGCAUUUUCUACGUGGGAGAAAGAGUUACACAAAAUAGUGUUUGAUCCACGCUACCUUCUGCUCAAUUCGGAAGAAAGGCAAGCAAUAUUUGAACAGUUUGUCAAGACCAGGAUCAGAGAAGAGUACAAAGAAAAGAAAAAUAAAUUGUUGUUAGCCAAAGAAGAAUUCAAAAAGCUCCUCGAAGAGUCCAAGUUAUCGCCCAG